AGAUGGCGCUAACACUAUCCAAUUUGCCAGUUGCUGUUAUUCGAGAAGUACUAGAUAAGUUGGAGCCAAUUGAUCGACUGGUCAUAAGAAAAGUGUCUCGGAACUUGCGGACAGUUUCCGAUAACACGAAGUUUUUAUUGGAAAACGUGAAAAUUCUUAUCUCAAAUGAAUUAUCAACUCUGAAAAUUGGAGAGUGUAAUGUCGAAUAUUCCAAAGAAGACAAAGGAACAAUGUUAAAAUGUAUAACUGUUGAAAAAAGCAAUUACAUAUCCAAAUGCAGCCAGAUAAAAUUUAUCGUUAAUGAUUUUUCAACACUUAUGAAAAUCUCAAAGCCCAGUCUGAAACAUUUCACUAUUAGAAUCUCCGAUGAUAUAAAGAACAAGAACCGCGAUCAAUGUUUUACAAGGAUUUUGAACACUUUGAAUUCCAAGAGUUGUUUGAAAGUAUCAAAUAUUGAAUUUGGAAAUUUGAAACCUGAAGAAUUAGCGAUCGUGCUUCCGAGUUUUUACGCUGGUCACUUAGAAGAAAUUGUGAUAUGCCAUUGCAAUUUGGAUUACGAUUUGACUGGAAUUGUUUCCCUGGAGCAGUGGAAACAGGCGAAGUAUUUAGAUGCAACUUGGGGAUGGAACUCAUUGCCCAUUGAGUACCUGUUUCAUUUUGUUGGAUUUAAAAUCAAUUUCAAAUCAUUUUCACUUUCAGAUGCCAUCAAAAUAAGAGAGGUACUCGAAAAAACAGUUAAUUUUCAAAGUGGGAUGUUUAUAUUUGAAGAAACGGAUAUUGCAGACAUUCUUGAAGUUUUCAACCCAGAUUAUGACGAUGGAAACAUUUUACCAAUUUAUUUAAAUUUUAACAAUUCAGUUUUCCUUAUAAAUGCAAGCCGUUUUCAUUUUGAGAUCAAGAAGAAAUGAAUAACUUU